CUCCCUUGUUUUUUUCUCUUAACUCAAACCCCCUUUUCUCUUUCUCUCAUUGCCUUGCCCCUAUAUAUUUCCUCUCCUUUUAUUUCUAGAGCAGAGAUAUCAAGUACCCUCUUUAAGGGUAAGAGAAAAAAAACCACAAACACAAACUGUGGUAUUUUCUCAUUUUCACAAUUCAAAGUUCAAUCUUCUUCACCCACAUCACCAUUUUCAACCAAAAAUGGCCAUCACUACUCCCUAUCAAAAUUUCACAGAAAAGAAACAUUGGUGGCUCACAAAUCGCAUGAUUGUUGAGAAAUACAUCAAAGAUGCAAGAACACUCAUUGCAUCACAAGAACGCAACGAGAUUGUUUCAGCUCUUAAUCUUCUAGAUGCAGCUUUAACUAUAUCUCCAAGUUCAGAUCAAGCUCUUGAAUUAAAAGCUAGAUCUUUACUCUAUUUAAGAAAAUUCAAAGAUGUAGCUAAUAUGCUUCAAGAUUAUAUUCCAAGUUUGAAAAUGGCUAAUGAUGAUUCAAGCUCUGUUUCUUCUGAUGGUUCUUCUCAACAACUUUCAAGAGAAGGAGUUAAGUUACUUUCUUCAUCGGAUUCUUCUGUUCCAGAUCAGAGUUUCAUUAAGUGUUUCUCUGUUUCUGAUUUGAAAAAACGUGUCAUGGCUGGUCUCUGUAAAAGUGGUGAUAAUCAAGGUUAUUGGAGAUACUUAGUUUUGGGGAAAGCAUGUUGUCACUUAGGUCUAAUGGAAGAUGCAAUGGUUCUACUUCAAACCGGAAAACGUCUGGCCAGCGCUGCAUUCCGCCGCGAAAGCGUGUGUUGGUCCGACGACAGUUUCUCUCUAUGGAACUCACCGUUCACCGGCGACGAUACAGUUUUAAAGCCACCUGCAACAACACCACCAAAAAGUCCUUUAACAGAAUCUGAAACUGUAAACCAACUGUUAGCACACAUAAAAUUCCUCCUCCGUCGACGCGCUGCCGCAAUUGCUGCGAUGGAUGCCGGACUUCACUCGGAAGCUAUUCGGCAUUUCUCGAAAAUCGUUGACAGCCGUCGCGGUGCUCCGCAAGGCUUCCUCGCGGAAUGUUACAUGCAUAGAGCCACUGCGAAUCGUUCUGCAGGUAGAAUUGCUGAUUCAAUUGCUGAUUGUAACAGAACAUUAGCACUUGAUCCUACAUGUAUUCAAGCACUUGAAUCUAGAGCUUCAAUUCUAGAAACAAUUCGUUGCUAUCAAGAUUGUCUUCAUGAUCUCGAACAUUUGAAACUCUUAUACAACACAAUUCUCCGUGAUCGGAAACUCGCCGGUCCGUUAUGGAAGCGCCACAAUGUACGUUAUAAUGAAAUUCCUGGAAAACUCUGCACAUUAGCAGCUAAAAUUCAACAGCUGAAACAAAAGGUUUCUUCCGGCGGCGAAAAUUCGCGGAAUGUGGACUAUUACGGUUUGAUCGGAUUGCGACGCGGUUGCUGUCGAUCCGAGUUGCAGAGGGCUCAUCUUUUGCUUUGUUUGAAGCAUAAACCGGAGAAGGCCACGUGUUUCAUCGAACGGUGUGAACUCGCCGAUGAACGCGAUAUUGAUUCGGUUAAAGAUAGAGCGAGAAUGGCUUCUAUGUUGUUGUAUAGGUUGCUUCAGAAAGGUUACACAAAUGUUAUGAAUUCUAUUGCUGAAGAAGAAAAUGCUGACAAACAGAAGAAGAUUGUUUUACAGUUACAACAAACUGAACAGAAACUACUUCUAAAUGCAAAUUCAAAUUCAAAUGCAAAUGCAAAUUCAAUUGUUGUUCAAGUGAUGAAAAAGAAAAGUAGAGAUGAAAUGGAGGAUAAGUUUGCAAUGUCUUCACCUAGUAUUGCAAAUCCAACGGUGUUUCAAGGGGUGUUUUGCCGUGAUCUAACGGUGGUGGGGAAUUUGCUUUCACAGAGGUUUAGUAGUAGGUCAAUUCCGGUCAAAUAUGAGGCACUUAGUUGUUGAAUUUUAUUGAUUGGAAACUUUGGGAUCUUUUGUUUUUAUCCGGCGGUAAAAUAUCUCUCAUAUUAUUGGUUACUUCUAUCUAUGUACAAAUGGAUAAAUUAAAUUUUGAA